AAAUAAACAAAUAUGGGUCCUACUCAAGGAAAAGAAGUAUCUUAAUUCAGAUUUAUGUGUAGUUAUCUCCAUAAAUGAGAGAUAGAGUACUUAAAUUAUUUGCAAGAUUUGAUGUUGAUGGUUCUAAAUCAAUUGAAAAAUCAGAAACUAUUAAAUAUUGGUAUUUGUGGCAAUUUCAAAUCUGACUAGGAAGAGUAAUUUUGCAAAAUUGAAUACUGAAGAAUUAUUUAAAUCAGUUGAUACUGAUAACAGUGGAACAAUAUCUGAAGAAGAAUGGUUAAAUUUUUGGACAUCAGUAUUAAGAAGUGGACACACUGAAGAAGAAAUUGCUGAUGAAGUAAAAUAUUUUUAGAUUUAAUGAAUUAGUUAGAGAGUAUAGAAUCUGGAUCAUCAUGGGUUAAAUUCGAGAAUUUAGAUAAAAAGAAGGGUUGA